AUGGCUAUCGACGACUUCCCACACGGCGGACCCGUAUUGGUCCGGGUUGAGCAUCGCCUGGACAGCUCCAACGCCCACGCCUUUCACGAAGAGCUGGAAUCCGCCACUGACACCCCCCGCCGGGCCGUGGUCGUAGACAUGGAUGGCCUCGCCUACAUCAGCAGCGCCGGUCUCCGCGUCAUCAUGCAGGUCGUACGGAAAACGCAGCGACAGGGCGGCAGCCUGGCCCUGUGCUCGCUUUCCCAAGAUGUGCGCGCCGUAUUCGAGACCAGCGGCUUCGACCAGAUCAUCGACAUCCACCCUUCGCGCGCGGAGGCCGUCUCGGCCAUCGCAACCAGAGCCUGA